AUUUCUUUUCCUUUCCGUAGGGAUUUCGGGCAUUUCCGUCUCGGCGUCUGCAGGGGCAGCGAGCGAAGGUUGUCCUCUCUACGAUUAGGGCAAAAAUCUCCAUUGUGAUUGGCUGUCUCGCGAUUUCGGCAAGAGAGAAUGGGGAAGCAGCCAGUGAGGAUGAAGGCGGUGGUGUACGCCCUGUCGCCGUUCCAGCAGAAGAUCAUGAGCGGACUGUGGAAGGAUCUGCCGACGAAGAUCCACCACAAGGUCUCCGAGAACUGGAUCAGCGCCACCCUCCUUCUCGCCCCCCUCGUCGGCACCUACUCGUAUGUGCAACAUUACCAGGAGGAGGAGAAGAUGGCACAUAGGUACUGAAAAUCUGAAAUGGAUUGUUAUCCCAGCGGGGCUGCAGUUUGAAGUUUGGAGUCGAGCACCAUUUGUAGUCUCUGUUUCGUUGUCUGAACCAUGCUGAUACUCAUAAGCUUGUCUCUGGCUCUGGUUUUUGGAACGGAUUCUCUGUUUUAGUUGGAUGAGUUUGAAUAAUUUCCGUUACUCUUAAUUAAGCUUUGCGCUUUAAAGAGACCAUCCAAUAAUGUGAAGUCAGAACUUCGGCUCCUGUUUCCCAAGAUGAACUCGGUUACUUUUGAUUGGAAUUGAAAUGACCAUGCAGUUGAAAA